AUAUCCGGUUUGCUGUAUGGACUGGUUGUUAGAAGUUAAAUAUGAAAGCGGGACUAGAUAAUUGGAUUGAUAUUUUGGUGCUAGUUAUUUACUUCAUUCUAGUACUUGCAGUUGGAUUGCUUUCUGUAUGUAGAAAAGGACGAGAUUCUGUUAAAGGAUAUUUCCUGGCGGGAAGAUCUAUGUUAUGGUUUCCUAUUGGAGCUUCUUUGUUUGCUAGUAAUAUAGGAAGUGAACAUUUUAUUGGUCUAGCUGGAAGUGGAGCAGCCUCAGGAAUAGCAGUCGUAGCAUUUGAAUGGGGUGCUGCGCUGUGUCUUCCUUUGCUGGGAUGGGUAUUUCUACCUAUAUAUCUAUCUUCAGGGGUAUUUACUAUACCAGAAUACUUGUCCAAGAGAUUUGGAGGAACCAGACUUAGAACAUAUCUCAGUAUACUGGCACUGUUUUUGUACAUAGCAACAAAAAUAUCGGUCGAUGUAUAUGCAGGUUCUGUAUUCAUACAACAAGCUUUAGGAUGGAGCACAUACCCAUCAAUCAUCGGCUUACUGGUUAUCACAGCAGUAUACACUGUUAUAGGUGGAUUAGCAGCUGUUAUUUUCACAGAUACUCUACAGACAAUUAUAAUGUUAACAGGAGCCAUAUCUCUUUCUGUUCUAGGAUUUAUUAAAGUUGGAGGAAUAAAUGGAUUAAUACCUAAAUAUAUGGAUGCGAUACCCGACAGCUUACGUUACGCAGAUAGUUUCAAUACAUCAUCGAAUAUAACUUCAAAUUUCACAAGUCAGUGUGGAUACCCAAGGCUUGAUUCUUUUCAUAUCAUCCGUAAUCCAGUAGACUCUGAUCUGCCAUGGCCAGGUCUUUUGAUCAGAAGUACUUUUAUAUCUACAUGGUAUUGGUGUGCUGACCAGGUAAUUGUACAACGAGCACUAGCUGCCAAAAAUAUUGGCCAUGCCAGAGGAGCCACAUUAAUGGCGGGGUAUUUGAAGUUUCUACCACUGUUCCUGAUAAUAAUGCCAGGAAUGAUAAGCCGUGUUUUGUUUACAGAGGAUGUAGCCUGUCAUGACCCGGAAACGUGUAUCCGAGUUUGUGAUAACCCAGUUGGAUGUUCUAAUGUUGCAUAUCCUAAACUUAUUCUAGGACUUGCUCCGACUGGGUUGAGAGGAUUAAUGAUGGCGGUAAUGAUGUCAGCCCUUAUGAGUUCUUUAACGUCCAUCUUUAACAGCGCCGCGACGUUAUUUACCAUGGAUUUGUGGACAAAAAUAAGAAGGAAGGCGACUGAUCGAGAACUCCUUAUUGUCGGCAAAGUAUUUAUAGUCAUCUUGGUUGGCAUAAGCGUUGCAUGGAUACCGCUAAUACAAAAUUCUCAGGAGGGACAACUUUUCCUGUAUAUUCAAGCUGUUACUGGGUACCUAGCACCACCCAUAUGUGCCGUGUUCUUGUUAGCUGUCUUUGUACCUAGAAUAAACGAAAAGGGUGCAUUCUGGGGAAUGCUGUCUGGCCAGAUAGUUGGGAUAACAAGAAUGGUAUUAGAUUUUGUGUAUCCAAGUCCCAAGUGUGGAACUGUCGACACUAGGCCAGAUAUUAUAUCGAAAGUUCAUUUUACAUACUUUUCGGCAGGAUUGUUAUUCUUUACUGGAAUCAUGGUGGUCAUACUAAGCCUGUUAACUAAACAAGGAGAAUAUCAGGUGGGAAGAUAUUUAACAUUUUGGUAUACACCAAGUAUAAAAAGUCCGUCCGAAAAGAUCAACUAUCAUAACCUAAACUACAGCACGUCAAAGUAUUCUAAUGAUAAGAUAUCAAAUACCAGAAGUUCUGUUCGUAAGAGAUGGUCAAUGACCGAAAAGUUACCUAACAUAAAUGAAGGUUUUGAUAUGCAGGAAAUAAAUGGUCCUCAGUUGAUACAAGAUACGACAAACAUAUAUGAAAGCGUUGUGACAGAAGAUUCAGUGAAGGAAAUGGUUGAAAACCACUACAACGAACUUGCAAACGAAUCGGUCAAAGUCGAUGCUAACAACAGUCAAGAAACUACUGACUAUGAACCAGUUGAUAAAGGUCAUGACACUGCUGAACCGUUUGAAGGAUACAAAUUAUUGCAAACAGAUAAUAGUACGAAUGAACCAACCGUUGGGUACGAAAUUAAUGACGAAAAUUCCAAGGACACCGACAGUAAUGAAAGCGAAGAUGGGAAAACUAAAGUUAAAUUCAGAGACGAUGAUGAUGGAGAAAAUGAACGUGUUCACAAACCCUUAACUAAGCGAAAUAGUAGAGUCUGGAAAAGAGAGGUAGAAAAACAGCCAGGAUGGCAGAAUUUUGUACAAGAGUUCACUAAAAAAUUAAACGAAGCUGACAAUAAGAGUACCAAAUUUGAAAGAAAUCAAAUGAGUGGAAAGAAUCUUCUAAAAACAGCCCCAAAACCUACAAAACCGGAAGAAAAAGAAGAAAUAAAAACUAAGGAACCUGAUCUUGAACAGACAAAAGAUAAAACAAUGCCAAUGGAAAAACCUCAAAGACUGACAGAACCAGAUCUUCCAGAUGAACAUAAAGAUACAGAUGACGGAGACAAAUCAGUACAAGCUUUACAUGACAAUACGGAUGGAUAUGCAAAUCAAACGCUAAAUCAAAAUUAUCCAGUUCAAGGUAGCAGAUAUUCUGGGAAAUUGUCAUUAGACAUAUUCAAAACACAGAAACCUGACAUCAUUGAAAUAGAUAUGAAAAAUGUUAAUUCAGAUGGUAGAGAAAAACUUUACAUUAAAGAUAGUCUAAAAUGGUUCUUGGACAUAAAUGCUGUGUUGUUAGUUUGUGUGUUUGUAUUUUUGUAUUUCAUAUUUCAAUAACGCUUGUGAAUAUUAUAAUCAAUAACUUUUAAACCAUGUUCAAACUCAAUGUUUAGAUUCCAAGAAGGACAAAAUCGGUUAAAAAACAGUUUGAAUUCAACAUUGUGAAAUUGAACGAAUACAUUUCAGCUUUGUCAUCCACAUUAUUUUAGACUGUAUAAUUUAUA